UCGUUAGCCUGACAAAGAAAGAUGGAAACACCAACGAAAGUGAUCGCGGAGCUUCGCGAGAAGUUUUUCAAAAAAUUAGAGGAAGAAGGACCACCUGAUUCCAGAAGUUUCCACGCUGCUGAUAUAGCCAGGAUAAAAAACAAUGAUGAUUGGUUGAAACGAUUUUUGGAACAUCAUGAAUUUAACGAACAGGAUGCGUUCAACAUGCUUUGGGAUACUUGUACUUGGAGAAGAAAAUUUGGAACAAAUGAUAUCACCGAGGAUAAUGUGAGGAGAGAUUAUUUAGAAGAUGGUGUAAUCUUUAGCUAUAGUAAGGAUAAAGAUGGCAAAAAACUUUUUGUAAUUAAGUCAAAGUUGCAUGUUAAAGGAGUAAAAGAUUUUGCCGAGCUUCAGAGAUGUAUAGUUUAUUGGUUCGAAAGAUUAGAAAGAGAAGAAAAUGGAAAUCAAAUAUCACUUUUCUUUGACAUGGUAGAUGCUGGACUUUCUAAUAUGGAUAUGGAGCUUAUUAAGUAUCUCAUUGGUUUAUUCAAAUCUUAUUAUCCAAAUUUUCUAAACUAUAUCAUAGUUUUGGAAAUGCCCUGGGUUUUAAAUGCAGCUUUUAAAAUAAUAAAAUCAUGGUUACCUGCAAAAGCUAUUCCGAAAAUUAAAUUUGUUAACAAAACCACAUUGAAAGAUUAUGUCAAUCCAAACGAUGCACUGAAAUGUUGGGGAGGUAAUAAUGAUUAUAUCUUCAAAUUCAUCUCAGAAGAGCAAACAAAUGGAGAUAGCGUAUUAAAUGGUAAACUGGAUAAUAAAAAGGUACACUUUGUAGACAAUUCACCACUUACGGAGCAAAGUUCGACUAGUAUUGGAGACCAGGUCAAUGAAGAACAAUUGUUAUCUAUAGAGCCCACAGAAGUAAUUACAUUUAAUAAAGAUGGAAAUGAUGUCACUGGGACAAUUACACUUAAGAAUAUUACAAGUGAUAAAUCUUUAUCUUAUAAGAUAAAGACAACAUCACCCGAGAAAUUUAGAGUACGGCCAAGUUCAGGAGUUCUGCAACCAUCUGAACAAAGAACUGUUAUGGUUGUAUUACAAUCUGGCUAUAAUAUACGUGGCCUAUUAAACAACGAUCGAUUUCUAGUCAUGUGCUUCCCCUUAAAAAGUACAAACACUGCUACAACGCAGGAACUGAAUUUACUUUGGAAGUUAGAAAAACAUAAUAAUAACAUAUACAGUGAAAUCGUUAUUGUAAAAUAUAUGCUUCUAGUUUCGAUAACAUUGACGAUUUUAAUGGCAAUAUUCAUGGGUUAUGUUUUACAAGUGGAUAUUAAAAAUUUGAUCGAUCAGCAAAAAUCCUGCCGGAUUCCUCGUGAUACUUAAGACAUACUUUAAAACACAUGUUUGUAAUACUAACAACUUUGAUAUAUUA